AUGAGUCGUUUUCAAGCGAUAUCAGCAGAAGAUGCAGAAGGAAGAGCUUGUCUUAUGGGUCUACAAGCAGUAGCAAACUUGGGAUUGCAGGAUUGCCAGCUCCAAUUAGAUAAUCAGAACAUAGUCGAUUUUAUUCUUGAAAGGAAGGUUUGUCCAGCUGUUUUAGUUUCAUUGCUUGAGGAUGUUGUAAGUGUUACGUCUUCUACAUCUUUGUCUACAAAUGCUAUUAAGAAUAGAAAGAUGAGAACGUUUUUGGGAUUUGGAAGGAUAUUCAAGUGUCCGGCCGACGACAAAGUUUUGCCAUUGUUGAAGCCGAAGAUACCGGCGGCGAAGCAGAUGCCGCCACCGGCGAGGCGGCCAUUCUUCAGCUACGCCAUGCUAUCAAAGCUAUUGAACCAUCAUGCAGAUGAGGUGUUGCCGUUACUGAAGCUGAAGAUGGCGGUGAGAAAGGUGGCGAAACAGAUUCCGGCGGAGCCGCCGCACUGGGCAUUCUGUCACACCAUGCUUCCCAAGGUUUCAACAGGCUUCGCCCUCCUCAUUUCACAGAUCGAUGCUGAUCUUCGUGACGCGGUAUAUAUGCCGUUUCAUCUAGUUUUGGAUAGAGUUCCAAAACAGUUAAUGAAGGAGGAUGACAUGAGCAUUGAUGCUGAGGUUAAAGUACCCAUUCUAUUGGACUUUUAUCGUCACAUACAUGAUCGGGAUUGGCAUUUUUCAUCACAGGACUUGCAAUAUGGGGAGAAUUCUGCAAAGGCUGUUCAAUGUUUGAAUGAAAUGGUCACAGACUCUCUAAUUCCCGUAGAGGAUUGCUUCAAAUUCUUGUCCACUCUUCAAAAUCCAAAUUUCUUUCGGUUUUGGGCUUUUACAACGAUCGUGUCAAUGGGAAGAUUAGCAACAUACUAUAACAACAUUGACGUCUUCAGAUGUCAUGUGGACUUGAGGCCUGGUCUCACUGCUAAAAUUAUUGAUGCAACCAAAUCAAUGGCAGACGUUGAGGAUCAUGAUCCUAAUGCUACGAAAACAAGAGGCAGUUUAGAAUCAAUUUUGAAAGCCUGCCAUGACUCCGAAACUCUUGACAAGAGGUUUUUGAGAAGUUCUUAG